AUAAGCAAGAAUUUUAAAAAUCAUAAUCGAACUAAAGAGUUAUAAACAAUCUGAAUUGACCAAACCAUUAACACCAAAUUAAUUUAGUCCAAUCUUAUAUGGUUUGGUUAGAAUUGAUUAAGGUUUGCAACACGAAUUGCAUAUCAUAUGAGCAUGCCUAAAGUGAUUCACUCAAUCUCCAUAAAGAGUAUAUAGAAAAAAGUACCUCAUCAUCCACAUAAAAAUCCAUACUUUGACCCAACCUAAGAAAGGGUUUAAGGUAAAUAAAAACCCUAUUUUUUGUUUCAACUUCUUCUUCUUCUUCUUUCUCCUCUUUACUAAAAUCAGUUAACAAUGAGGUUUGGAUUCGCAAUCUCUCAUUGCCCAAUUCCACCUUCCUUCCGCCGCUCUUUCUUAACUCAUCGCUAUCUUUCUUCUCAAUCCCAAAUCACUUCAAGCUUCGAUCUUCAAGACCCAUCUUCCCCAGAAACCAAAGUUGAAAACUUUACUCAACCCACUUCACAAUUACCGGAUUUGACACAACCCCAUGUGAUAAACAAUCUCCUAAACCACAGAAAAGACCCUUACUCAGCUUUAAGGUACUUCAAAUGGGUAGAAGGAAUGAGAGGCUUUGCUAAAGGGAUUGAUUCCUUUUGUGUUUUGCUUCACAUUUUGACAGGUUUUUCUGAAACUCAUGGACAAGUUAGGAGCUUGCUUAACCAGUUUGUUUCAGGUGAUUCAAGUCCAUCUCCAUCUGUGUUUGUAGAUCACUUGGUUGAGUGUGGUUCAAGGUUUGAUUUUGAAUUGGAUUCCAGGGUUUUCAAUUACUUGUUGAAUAGUUAUGUUAGAGCUAAUAGGAUAAGAGAUGCUAUAAUUUGUUUUGAUAAGAUGUUAGAGCAUGAGAUAGUUCCUUGGAUUCCUUUUAUGAAUAUUCUUUUGACUGUAUUGGUUAGAAGAAACAUGUUGAUUGAAGCUAGAGAAUUGCAUAAUAAGAUGGUUUUGAAAGGAGUUUAUGGUGAUUGUGUAACUGUACAUGUCAUGAUGAGGUCUUGUUUGAAGGAAGAGAGGUUAGAGGAAGCCGAAAACUAUUUUAGUGAGGCGAAUGAUAGAGGUAUCGAACUUGAUGCUGCGGCUUAUAGUAUUUUGAUUCAAGCUGUUUGUAAGAAACCCGAUUCUAGGAUGGCUUGUGAGUUGUUAAAGAAAAUGAGAGAAUUGGGUUGGUUUCCCUCUGAGGGUAUAUUUACUUGUGUUAUUGGAGCUUGUGUGAAGCAGGGGAAUGUGGUUGAAGCAUUGAAGAUUAAGGAUGAAAUGAUUAGGUGUGGAAAGCCUUUGAAUUUGGUUGUUGCAACAAGUUUGAUCAAAGGGUAUUGUGUGCAAGGGAAUUUGGAUAGUGCUUUGGAUUUGUUCGAUAAUCUCAACGAGCAUGGCUUGAGUCCGAACAAGGUUACUUAUGCAAUCAUGAUAGAGUGGUGUUCCAAGAGUGGAAAGAUUGAGAAGGCUUAUGAGCUUUACAACCAAAUGAAACACAUAGGUAUCGAACCAAAUGUCUACGUAGUGAAUUCUUUGUUACGCGGGGUAUUGGAAUUCGGUUCGUAUGAAGAUGCUUUGAAGUUGUUUGAUGAGGCUGUUGAGUGUGGUGUUGCUAACAUGUUCACAUGGAAUAACCUUUUGUGUUGGCUUUGUAAUAAAGGCAAAGUUAAUGAAGCUUGUGGAAUAUGGGAUAGUAUGAGUAGUAAGGGAAUGGUACCUAAUGUAGUAUCUUAUAACAUCAUGAUACUUGGCCAUUGCAGAAGAGGGGCAAUGGAUGUGGCACAUAACUUGUUUAAGGAGAUGCUUGAAAAGAAUUUAAAGCCAAAUGUGAUCACUUAUUCCGUCUUGAUUGAUGGGUAUUUUAAUAAAGGUGAUGCCGAACAAGCUUUUGAUCUUUUCGAUCAAAUGAAAGCAAGUAAUAUAACCCCCACAGAUUUCACAUACAACACUAUCAUUAAUGGCUUGUGCAAAGCUGGUAGAACAUCUGAAGCAAAAGACAUGUUGAAGAAAUAUAUUGAGAUGGGAUUUGUUCCUAUUUCCAUGACCUAUAAUAGCAUUAUAGACGGGUUUAUCAAGGAAGGCGAUGCUAAUUCUGCACUUGCUGUUUAUGAAGAAAUGUCUGAAAACGGGGUUUCUCCGAAUGUAGUCACUUACACUAGCUUGAUGAAUGGUUAUUUCAAGAGCAACAAUAUUGAUCUUGCUCUGAAAAGUAGGAAUGAGAUGAUUAGUAAGGGCAUUGAGUUAGAUAUUGCUGCAUAUGGUGCUCUAAUUGAUGGGUUUAGCAAAGGACAAGACAUGCUAACUGCUUCUGAACUAUUCUCUGAACUUCUUGAGACUGGUCUAUCUCCAAAUGCAGCUGUAUACAAUAGUAUGAUUUGUGGCUUUCGAAAUAUAGGUAACAUGGAACAAGCUAUCGGUUUACACAAGCGCAUGGUGAAGGAAGGGAUAACUUGCGAUUUACUCACUUACACUACCUUAAUCGAUGGAAUGCUUAAAGAGGGAGAGUUAAACAAUGCUUUAGAUCUUUACUCAGAGAUGCUUUCGAAGGGUAUUGUGCCCGAUAUCAUUAUGUACACGGUUUUAAUAAACGGCCUUUGUAACAAAGGACAGCUAGUGAAUGCGCGUAAGGUCUUGGACGAGAUGGAUCAAAAGAAUCUGGCCCCGAACGUUCUUAUUUAUAAUUGCUUGAUUGCUGGGCACUUCAAGGAGGGAAAUUUGCAAGAAGCCUUUCGGUUGCAUGAUGAGAUGCUCGAUAGAGGUCUCAAACCCGAUAACAACACUUACGAUAUUCUUGUAAAUGGAAAUGUCAAGAGAAUGUCCUCUAAACUCGCCGGUGCUUCACCUGCUCAUGUGCUUAGCUAGUCACUUUUACUCUUGGUUCUAAGAUAUUCAUUUUUGAAGGGAAAAAUAAAACAGAGAAGACUUGCAAAUUGGUCUAAUCUGAUUAAGGUCUUGUUAAUUACAUUGCUGCUGAUUGAUUGAACCAACUACCAAAUUGAUUGGAUCAAAGCUGGCUCAAAGAUGUAACUUUGAAAAUGCACCAUGGUUGGAUGAGAAGCCUCAGAAGCUAUUUCUGUAUUUAACUUUUUUCUCUUUUCUUUUAAUAAGAAACAGUUACUAGUUACCCAUUUGUUAAAUUAACCCAACUUGGGGUUUUGAACCCCCAAAACCUCUUCUUACAUAGAACAACAUACACACCCAAUGUAUCAACUCAUUCAUUAUCUUGAAUAUUUCAUUAAAAGUUAUGUAAAUCCAACAAGGAACCUCUUCUGUAAUGCUGUUGUAUUACAAAUAUGAGAGAUAUGAUGAUGAUGAUGAUGAGGCUUUUGGCAAUAACAGUUACCAUGCAUGAGCUUAUUUUUGGCU